AUGUUUGCUUAUCCGGCGUUUGGCCUCAGGAACAAAUAUCUCGAAAAUGUCGAAGAUGAUUACCUGUAUCAUUUCGGAUUUGGGUUAAAAACAGUCGAUAUUCCGAAGACAUUUGGAGAUGUUAAGUUCGUAUGCACAGGUGGUUCACCGACGAGACUGAAGUUGUACGCCGAAUGGUUUUCCAAGGAGUGCAACUUGGAGUGCAGCGAAAAUCUCUCGAAAAGCGAUCGUUUUGUGAUGUACAAAACUGGUCCAGUGCUUUGGAUCAACACAAGUUAA